CAGCAGCCUUCAUCCAAGUCAGAACCCUCUACGCACCCGAGUCCCUGGGCCUCACCAACUUCGCCAGUACCUGUGACAGGACGAAGCGUCAGUUUGGCGNAGAUGGGCGACAGGUUCAAGACCCGAAUGCAGACAUUCCUGGACACGAAAGACACCAAGUCGAUGGUUUUCACCGAGGAUUUGAAGAACAUGCUUUAUUUGGCGCAGGAAUCCGACGUGGAUCUUGUCAUGGGCAUGGUGAAGCGGUUCCACGUGCAGAACAAGUCGCUGCGGUUUGGCGGAUUCAUUUUUGGCCCGGUUGUCAUGCGUUUGUUGCAUCACUUGGGCAGAUCCGACGUUGCUCUGAGGGCAUUGAUGGACCCUGAAUUGGAAGGGUUCUUUGACCAAGUGAGCAGCUUCAUCCUGUGCAUGGACAUUUUGUACAAGGACCAGCACUACGAGGAGUGUUUGCAAGUGAUGGACAAGCUCCUGGACAAGCAGUUUGAGAACAACAAGUUUCCAAAGAGUGCUUGUAAUUUAGCGCUUGCUGCCUGCUACAAACUGAAUACGCCGGAGAGUUGGGAUUAUUCUUCCAGGAUAUUGAGGAAUGCUCAAGAAUCCGGGGCCGAAUUGACGCGGAAAGCUGUUUGCUUCAAUGCUGGCCUUGGGCUGAAGCAGAAAAAGCUGCAGGAAGCGGCGGAGGUUUUGGCAGUUUCUCCGCAGCCCAAUUACGUCACUGUUCGGAAUCUCAAGAUCAUGACUUUGGCGCUGCUGAACAGACACGAAGACGCUUUGUCGGUAUUAAAUGCGAUUGCAAAUGCGGAUAAUCCCACUGGAUUGUCCAGAACGUCUGUCACGAAAGACUGUAUCGAAGUUUUAGAUGAUGUGUUCGGGAAGAUGAACGACCAGGUGCUGGUGUCGGAGUACCAGAGGCUGAGGAAAGGACUUCAGCAGAUCGGGCAAACGUUUGAAACG